AAGCCACUCAGCAACCUCACGCAUUCAGUGCAAUGAUUUCCACGUCUUUGAAGCUAUGCAACAAACACGCUGAUAGCGUUACCCUGCAUCAGGGCGGCACGGUGGCGCAGCGGGUAGAGCUGCUGCCUCACAGCACCGGAGACCCGGGUUCGAUCCCGACUGUGGGAGUUUGUACGUUCUCCCCGUGACCCGCUUGGGGUGUCUCCGGGUGCUCCAGAUUCCUCCCACAUCCCAAAGACGUGCAGGUUUGUAGGUUAAUUGGCUUCUGUAAAAAAAUACCCCUAGGGUAUCAGAAGCGGAUAAGAAAAAAGAACAACACAGAACUAGUGUGUGAAUGCAUGAUCGGUGGUUGGUGUGGGACUCGGUGUUUCCAAGCAGUACCUCGAAACUAAGCUAAUCUCACGUUAGACAAAAGUGCUGGAGAAACUCAGCGGGUGCAGCAGCAUCUAUGGAGCGAAGGAAAUUGGCAACCUUUCGGGUCGAAACCCUUCUUCAGACUCACAGUAUUGUGUGCAAAGUUCAUUGAAGCUUACAGCACAACUGAGGCCAUUCUGCCCAUCCUGGCUAUCCUAGCUCAUUGAAAGUGACUUUGUUAAUUAGCCCCAAAUCCUUGCAAAUUUCAAGCAAUUCCCCACUUUCCUUUGGAAAAAUCCUAUUAAAUCGGCUUCCACUGUCCUUUUCUGCAGCAUGUCAUUGCAAUGUUAAAAAAAAUAUCAUCUCUCUCUCUUUCCUCUUCUCUCCCUCCCUCUCUCUCGGUUCUUUUGUCAAAGUUACGGACAGCAAACAGCAGUAUCUGUGCAUAGCGAGCUCAUAUAAACAAUGACAAGAUGGAGUAAACAGAGGUUGUAUUGGCCAGGUAGGCGUUGGUUUAGUUUAGUUUAGUUUCGAUAGAAUUAUCUGUGGUGAUAUGAGAUAGUGGUGUGUGGUAUAGAUUUAAAUGCACCAUGCGUGGUGAAUGGUAUAUGAUAUAUGUGCCUGCUCUCAGAGCAUUCCCAUCAGUCUUAUGGGCAGUAGAGUGAUGCAGUGAUCUAGUUGCUGCCUCACAGCACCAGAGACCAGAGUUCGAUCCUGACUCCGGGUGCUGUCUGUACGGAGUUUGUACCAAAGAUCCUAUAGCGAGCAAGAUAGAUCACUCAACGAAAAAGACGUAGUACGGUCAUGGGCAGAUUCAUGGGUAAUUUUCGGCCCCAUUUCCGUAACCGGCUUCCGUCUCCGCACCAAAGAUCCCGUAGCGGAGCAAAGAUAACUAGUUCAGAGACGGAAGCCGGUUACGGAAACAUCCUCGUAAAAAUAAAAGUUACUUGGUAAAAAUCUUCUCCUCAUUUUCAGAAUUAUAAUUUAUUAACACAAACUGUUCCCCCGCAACGUUGAUUACACCGCGGGUCGGGUCGGGUUACUAAAAUGGAUGAAAAAAAGGCCCACAUUCCGCUCCGUUGCGUACUACACGUCAGCCCAUUGACUUUAGAAGGAGUGGCCUAUCUUGCUCCGCUAUAGGAUCUUUGGUUUGUACAUUCUUCCCUUGUCCGCAUGGGUUUUCUCCGAGAUCUGCAGUUUCCUCCCACACUCCAAAUACAUGCAGGCACUCGGUGGGCCGAAGGGCCUGUUUCCGCGUUGUAUCUCUAAACCAACCCGUGGGACUGGAGAAAAGGAAGAAGUGACGAAGGAAGAGGAAACGUCAGCUCUUCCUUUUCUGCAGAGAUGCUGCCUGUCCCGCUGAGCUACUCCGGGCUUUUUGUGUCUAUUUUCGGUGUAAACCAGCGUCUGCAGUUCCUUGCCACCGGAGAGACCCGGAGACUAAUUUUCAUGCUCUUUCCACAGGCAGUUGGCUGCAGCAGUGUGGUGCAGAAGUCUCUGUGUGUGGCGUUGGUUCUCACUGGCUGCCUGGGGGUUUCCACCAUCAGGACCGAGGAGACACUGUGCGGGGCUGAGCUUGUCGACGCCCUGCAGUUCGUCUGUGCCGAGCGGGGCUUCUACUUUGUCAACAGGAUGGGACGCCGUAGUCGCAGGAACCGAGGCAUCGUGGAGGAAUGUUGCUUCCGCAGCUGCGACCUCCUCAUCCUGGAGACCUACUGUGCUAUCCCGCGAGAGGCCGUCAGACCCACACUGCCCACGGCCUCGCAGAGGCCUCUGCUGCACCGGAUAACAGGGAAAAGGUCCCUAGGCCGUGAACAGGAGGAUUCACCAGACCCUGGCACGCACCCGGACAGCGACUGGGGCAACGCUGAUCUUCCUCCCACAACCAAAUACAAGACUGGUGACUGGGAUGGCAAGGGCCGCAUAUCGCAACACCACUCCCCACCCCGGCAUUGGUGUGGGUGAGCACGCCAGCGCCCCCACCCCAGGGAGAGCCCAGCCUCCCCCAUCAGCACCCUAAACCAAUCUGACUGAGCGGAUAGGCGGUUGGAACUGAUUACAUUAACCUUUGACCUCUAGAGAAGACCCACGGUGUGGCCGGUCCACAGGCCCGUUUCCGGUCAAAGACAAGCAGAGAGUGGACGCGAGGGACGGUGUUGGAAGCACCAGAGGCAACUUUGGAAAACAUCUCCCUCAGUCCAGCAAAGGAGUCUUUGAGAUGCCUCAGUCCAAGGGGGUGGGUACUGGAGGAAGUGGCCGAGAUCUUUCUCCAGUGCUUCCCCCAGCCCUCUGGCAGCAGCCAUUUUGUUUGUCUUCUUCUGGGCUCUCUCUGUUGCUAAGGACUUCGCCCAUGGACCAAAGGUGUGCAGAUCAGGUCGGGCAACAAACAGGCUUAGACCAAACCAAGACUAUUGAAGAAACGGGCAACAGCAGCAGUGAAAUUCCUCCCGUGGGCAUCAUGAGAUCAAACGCAAGGCACAAUAUUGGCAGAUUAUAUCAGGCCCAAAUGUGAGUGAGAUAAACCAGCCUACAGGUCUCCUCCUUGACUACUCCCUCCAUCUGAACUGGAGAGGCAUGGUGGCGCAGCGAUAGAGUUGCUGCCUCACACCACCAGACAGGGGCGGAAAACCCGGGGGGGGCCA